AUGGCUCCAUCAGCGGCACCACUACCGUCAGCAGCAGCAGUGGAGCAGCACCACGAGAGCUUUCGGCGAUGCGUGGACGAUUGGGAUUCUCGCGUGUCGGUGUUGACGCACCAGGUCUUACAUCGGUUGCUGCCACGCCUGCUCCUAUUUGGGAAAUCUCCCACCGUCAACCCCCACUCCAGUGCUACUCCCGAGUCCUCUUCCUCCAACGCAGCAUCCUCUGUUGUGGGGGGAACGAUAGCUGAUCAGCACGAGGAUGGGGAUGCGGGUGAAGCUGGGGAUAGUGAUGCAGAGGAUAGGGGGGAUAGGGAGGAGCGGGAGGGCAGGGAUGGAGACGGUGGAUCAGAGGAGAGUCAAGAAGAGAGAGAUGAUAGUAGAGGGUUAGGAGGACCAGCUGAGGCGAGAGGUGAGGGCGGUACAAGCAAGAGUGGCAGACCUCAAGGUGAUGACAGCGAGGCGGGGCGGGAUAGAUCCGAGGAGGAUUCGAAAAAAUGCGAGGAAAGUGAUUCAGUGGAGGAGGCUGAAGAGGCGGGCUGGGAGGGCGGGAGUGCAGUGGAAGAGGGAAGGGAGGGAACGGGAGGGGUGGAAGGGGAGGAGCAGCAGCAGGUGGCGCGUGUGUUGGUGGAGCUGCAGGCGCUGGUGCUGGUGGGGAAGGACCUCACAGCUACAAUGGAGGAGCUUCUAGUGCUGCUCGUGACGCUGGUUGGAGGGGAGGAUGGGAGGGGCGCAGGGUGGUGGGAUGGAGGGCUGGGAGAGGGGGAGGCAGAUGAGGGGCUUCAGGAGCUUCUCCGUUCUGACUGGUUCAAAUCGACAGAGUAUUUCACAGUAAGUGUGUUAAUGGAGCUGCAGGCGCUGGUGCUGGUGGGAAAGGACCUCACUGCCACUAUGGAGGAGCUUGUUGUGCUGCUCGUGGGGCUAGUUGGAGGGAAGGAUGGGAGGGGCGCAGGGUGGGAUGGAGGAUUGGCAGGCGGAUUGGGAGAGGAGGAGGCGGAUGAGGGGCUUCAGGAGCUUCUUCGUUCUGAUUGGUCCUUCACACCAGCACUAGACGCGCUUGCAGCGGGGGCGGCUGUGCUCUUGGUGAUCGACUCGGCACUUGCUGCCAACCCUGCUGUUGCCCGGGGGAUUGCUGCGUACAACAGAAUGCUUCAGGCAGUGCGUUGUAACAUGGAGGCAUACUCCUCGGUGCACAGCGGUGCAAAGCGGUACCAGAAACAAAGAGGGAGAAGCAGCAGAGGUCAACUCGAAGAGUUCGAGCUGUCUCUGGCGGAGCUUCAGGGGCUGCUGAUGAUGCUGGAAACAGCAAUAGGGCCGCAAGGCCAGGAGGGAACAUUUUUCCAGAGCUGGAAGGAGAGUGUAGCCUGGGCAGUGGGUCCUGAGGCACCUCCCCUCGCUGCUGCAGCUAAGGCUGGGAAAGGAGGAAAGGGGGGCAGGGCAAAGGCAAGUGGGGGGCGGCAGGUGCUGAGCGGGCGGGCGCUGUGGCGGCAGCAGCAGAAGUGGCUGCUGCCGCUGGUGACUCACUUGAACGCCUCUGCUUAUUCUGCUCUCCAUGCCAUCGGCAGCCACUCCGAGCAGCACAACACCCGUCGCCACUUAGCCGGAUGCAUCGCUCUCUUCCUCUCCCUCGCACCCAUAGCAGGUGAGGGGAAGGGUGGGGGGAAGGCGGGAGCAAAAGGGGCAGGCGGAAAGGGGGGGGUGAAAGCAGUGAAAGGGAGUGCAGAGAAGAGGGGGAACGGGGGAGAGAGUGCGCGUGGAGUGAGGGAGGUGUGUGAGGAUGUAUUGAGAGGAGCAUUGGAUCGGGCUAAUGAAGACCUUCCAAGGCUCGCAUCAGCCUUCCCUCCCCUAGCUGCCUCUCUCUCCGCAGCUCUCAGGCUCCCCCUCAGGCUGUCUUUGCAGUGCGAUUCCCUGGAGGAGGCGGUGGGGAGUCAAGUGAAGCUGGUGGAGCAGACUCUUGCCGUCACGUGCAGCGCGAGGCAUCAGGUCCAGACUCUGCUUGAACUGCACGCCAGCCUGCGGGUGUCUCUCAAGAGGCGUCAGAUUGUGCUCGUGGCUGCAGUGCUGCAAGCAAUCAAGCAAGUGGAGUCGGCUCUGGCAGCGUGCCUCCCCUCGCUCUCCCUCCACCUGCCUCUGUACCAGCAGCACCUGCUGCGACAGCUCAACGCAGCCUUGCUGCCUCUUCAGGUGCUUUCAGGCUCUUCUCAGGUGUUUUUCCCAGCACCUCCUCUUUCCGCUUGCAGUAACCCCUCCUUCACCCCCUGUACAAGCACAUCUAUCCUUUUCCCCACCGUUCACUCGUGUCAAAAGUUCGUGAAGGCUUAUCCUUCGGGCCUCAAUCUUUCCCCUUCUCUCCCCCCCACAUUCCUCCAACAACAACCCCCUCCUCUCCCCUCUUCUCUUCCGCCCCCUGCUUUCUGCCAAUCCCACUAA